AUGCAUGUAAUGGUCACUGACAAAGGAGAAGGUGUUCAUUAUCUGAACAGUGGAAAAGACUUUUCUAGCCAUUACUCAAAUCCAGAAGCCAUGGAAGAAAAGGAGGAAGCUGAAGAAGAGAAGCCCGUGGCUGGCGCGCCCUCUUUGAGUCAUGACCUUUCCAUGGUUGAACAUGCAGCGUGGUCUUGGGAGCAGUACCUGCAAGAACAGAAAGCAAUAGCAGCACCUGUUGAACUGUUUUCCAAGGAUCAGUCCUUUCCAGAAUAUGAAAAUGGUUUUCAAAUUGGAAUGAGAUUAGAAGGCGUUGAUCCCCGACAUCCGUCUGUAUUUUGUGUGCUUUCUGUAGCUGAGGUGUGUGGUUACCGUCUAAGACUUCAUUUUGAUGGUUAUUUAAGCUGCUAUGAUUUUUGGACCAAUGCUGGUUCCCCUGACAUCCACCCAGUGGGGUGGUGUGAAAAGACCAAACAUGAACUUCACAUCCCUAAGGGUUAUAGAAAAGAUAAAUUUGUUUGGAUGGAUUACUUGAAAGCCUGCAAAUUGCAAAAUGCUCCCAAGAAAUUAUUCAGAAACAGAAGUUCUAAUGGGCUAACACCUAAAGAAUUUCAAGUUGGAAUGAAGCUGGAGGCCAUCGACAGGAAGAACCCAUCCUUGGUGUGUGUGGCGACCAUAGCAGACAUUGUUGAAGAUCGCUUACUAGUGCAUUUUGACAAUUGGGAUGAUAGUUAUGAUUACUGGUGUGAUGUGAAUAGUCCCUAUGUCCAGCCAGUUGGUUGGUGUCAGGAGAAUGGGAGAACUUUGAUAGCACCUCAAGGUUAUCCUAAUCCAGAAAAUUUUUCCUGGACAGAAUAUCUGGAAGCUACUCAAACUCAUGCAGUUCCUGCCAAAGUUUUUAAAAUGAGAUUGCCUCAUGGUUUUCUGCCAAAUAUGAAACUUGAAGUUGUGGAUAAACGAAACCCCAGGUUGAUUCGCGUUGCUUCGAUUACAGAUGUUGAUGACCAAAGAGUAAAGGUUCAUUUUGAUGGUUGGGACCAUAAAUAUGACUACUGGAUAGAAGCAGACAGCCCUGACAUUCACCCUAUUGGAUGGUGUGAUGUGACUGGGCAUCCACUGGAAGUGCCAUGUAGAGCAAAUGAUGUGAAAAUCCUUCCAGGUCAAGCUGUUUGUCCUACUCCAGGGUGCCGAGGAAUAGGCCAUAUCCGUGGUCCACGUUACUCAGGACAUCACAGUGCGUUUGGCUGCCCGUAUUCGGACAUGAACUUGAAAAAGGAGGCAACGCUUCAUGAUCGUCUGAGAGAACUAACACAGGCAAAUUUUGAAUCAGAGUCUUCACAUUCAAAACAGAAAAACCUCUGUAGUUUGAGCUUCAGUGGGAAACAUGAAAAGGUGAACAGUCAGCCCAGACUUGUACAGCAGGCAAAGAGUUUGAAAAUCAAAGGAAAAGAAGAUAUUGACUUGGAUAAUCUCUUCAGAGAGUACUCAGCCGAGCAGACACAGCAGGCGCUUCACCAAUCGGUCUUCAUGUCUUCCAUGUCGGCCCACCCUUUCCGGGACCUUCCCCUGGGCAGGGAGCAGCACUGCAAGCUGCUUCCAGGCGUGGCGGACAUCCAGGCCAGCCAAGUGGCCAGCUGGACAGUGGACGAGGUGGCUGAGUUUGUACAGUCUCUCCUGGGCUGUGAAGAACAGGCCAAGUGCUUCAGGAAAGAGCAAAUCGAUGGCAAAGCCUUCCUGCUUCUGACACAGACAGACAUCGUCAAGGUGAUGAAGAUCAAACUGGGCCCAGCACUGAAGAUAUACAAUUCCAUCCUGAUGUUCAGAAACUCCCAGGACCUCACUGAGGAAGACCCUGCCCUAAGCCAGGUCAGGGGGUAG